AGAGGAUCGGACCCCAGACCUCUCUUUUGGAGGUGGGGCUGCAUGCCAUCAGGCCUUUGGCCUUUGGCUAUCAGUGGUUUUUCCUUGGACAUUAAGUCAAGCAUCGUCAAGACAACCCAGAAGCAAGACCGAAGGACGGGGCUCAUAUGCAGAAGUAGAAGAAUAUCUAGAGAGAGAGAGAGAGAGAGAGAGAUGGCGUUGCAGUGGGUAAUACUGACGUACCUGGUGGCGGUAGAGGCAGCCAUAGCUGUUUUAUUGACACUGCCUUCACCCAAGCUUGUCAAGAAUCGUUUGGUCUCUCUGGUUUCACUUAUUCUGCAACCUGCCCUCUUCGUCGUCCCCUUCGCAGGCUUCCAGCUCCUGGACAUCUAUUGGAAGAACGAGCAUCGCUUGAUGUGCACAUCUGAGAUCUGCACGGCUUCUGAGAGAGAUCGCUAUGAGAAAUCCGUAAGCUUUUCUUUCUUUUUAUUGAUCUACAAAGCUCAAAGGAAUGUCAUUCUGUGUGCUGCAUCAAUCCUUCUGUAUUGGUCAGUGUACCGCAUUUGUAAGUAUCACAAGGAGAUUCAGCACUUGGAGGAAGUGGAGAAGAAGUCCAAGGAACUGUAGCUUUCUUAUCCGUGCCCUUCUAUUAAAUUAGUGGGAGACGACAGAUUAUGUUACUCAAAUAAAUUAGUGGAAGACGACAGAUUAUGUUACUCGACCCAAAAUUGCUUCUACUCUGUGUGCUAGGAACUUCGUGUAUGUCAAAUGCAGUCACUACUUGUAAAUGUGUGUGUGUGUGCACUUUUUGUAGCUCAAAGCUGCUCUUUGUUUUGUGAAUUCCAUAGAAAACCAGUCCGUCUUGAGCUUU